CUCUCUCGCGGGGUUCCCCUCUCUAUGUUCUGAUGUCCUCCCUCCCUCUCUCUCUGCAGGAGCACGGAAUAGUGACAGUGGACUGAGCCGGCGACCAAGAAGAAACCUAGCCGCGACUUUCUUCAGUUUUGGUGAUUUCACCUCCUAAAAAAUCUGAGAGAUGGGCUUGUGGAUGCUGCUGGAGGGUUUUCUGCUUCUCGCAAACUCGUUGGCUAUACUGAACGAAGACCGCUUUCUUGGUCCCAGGGGAUGGAGCAUGUCUGAAGUUUCAGGAAAUGGGCAAACCAAAUCCUUGAAGGGCCAGAUCGUGGGGCUCAUCUACGCCACUCAGUUUUUGCGGAUGCCCUUGAUAGCGCUUAAUAUUCUUAUCAUUGUUGUGAAAAUGGUCUCAGGCUGAGUCUCCCUGUGGUGUCUGCUGUUGGGUUUGAGCUGAUCUCAGUUCCAGCAUUAUGUAAAAGCUGGUCAUGUCCAGAAGUUGCUGCAAGAAUGCUCAUGAUGGGCUGGAAUGUGUCUUGUUGGUUCUGUUGCUGUAAAUUAUUUCUAGACAUACUACUGUCAAAGUGCAUCUUUUGGGGGUAUCUUUUCUCCUGUAUUACCACUGCUGAAUCGUUGUCAGGAGAUGAAACAAACAUUUUCUGCAGCUCAGCCUUGUUUUCUGUGUGUUUGUGGUUCUGUGGCCCCUUUCCUUGUAUUUAGCACUGCUUUUAUGUUUUAAACUCUUGGCGGGCUUCUUGCCAUUAUAAUGAUGAUCAAGCGACAAGAAAGAGUGAUGAUCCAUUUCA